GAGAAUGCUGAACAACAUUUUCUGACCAAUAGGCUUGUUUGUCAUAAUAUUUGGCCAAAGGUUUCUUUGCUUGAGUCAAGAGGCCCUGUCUCAACUUGCACAUGUAAGGGAAGCAGACAGCUGCAGAUUUAAUAUAACUGCUGGGUUACGGUUCUCAUAUUUUUAAUCAAAACUGAACCCUACACAAAUUGAAACCGAAACAGUUCUGUGUGGAAAACACAGACAUAGAAAACAAUCACUGAUAACCAAAAUGCGGAAAACAGGCAACCGAAGUAUGAUUCUCAACGAUCGAUCGACAGCUGCGUCUGAUUGAGAACCAUACCAGGCCAAACACAGAAAUACAACAUAGAAAAAAGAUCAUAGACUACCCACCCCAACUCACGCCCCGACCAAACUAACACAAAGACAUAAUAAAGGAACUAAGGUCUGAACUUGACAGUGACAGUAAUAAUAUUGCACACAUAUUCAGAAAUCUGCAAGUUUUUAUACUACUAUAUUGCACCGUUACCAACAUGAUAUUUUUUUUUAAAUCAAUUAAUUUCCCUGUAAUCUGCUGAGAUUGUGCACGUUUUCAGGCUUUGAAGGGAGUUUUCACUGGAUUUAUUAGAAAUGUGAAAUUGACCUGGCAAGCCUGUCUCUGCCUGAGCAUGAUCACAACAAAAGUAGCUGUGCAGCACGUUUUUUAAAGGAAGAGGAGGAUGGUUGCAGACGUUCGCAUUCAUGCAAGAAGAUGUCAUACACCGAGGCUGCCAGUACCUCUGGAUCGAUUGUCCAUGUGUUGAUGAUGCACAACCGUUGGUCAGAACUGACAGUGUUUACUUGACCAAAGCUAUGCUUGGAUACAAGACUGAUGACUCGAUAUCUAGUAUUGAGAAUAGUGAAGAUGGUUAUGUCCCAGGGCCAUCAGGAUCAUCAGAGGAAGGCAGUUUCUAUGAAGAAAAUCUGACUGGAGAGAUGUCAGCGAUUCGGGCCAAACAACCAAUGACCAAGGGAAAACUGGGACAAAAGAGAGGCUCACACGAAUAUAUUGUUCAAACUGUAAAGUCAAAUCCUACGUGUGCAAAUUUUCUGGAAGUCCAAAUUGAAGCCAUGAAAGACAGAGGGAAGUCCAGGACUAGGACACAAGAGACCAGUCAGAACAGUUCUGAGAACAGCCUGACAGACAUCCUCAGUGUCCGGUGUGCCAGUGAUAUUGUCCUACAGCCAAUGCCGCCAGGGAGAAAGAAUAGCCGAUCCCACUUCCACAACAUGGAUGUGACGAAAGAGAGGGCUGACAUGGGAAGGCUUCCAAUGGCCACUCCACCCAUCAAGCUCCCAAUGCUCACUGUGACCUCUCUCAUUGUCCAAAUGAACAAAAACACCCUCAAGGUGCCUCGCACGCCUCGUCUGCAGCUGGAGGGACAGAUGGGUAGCAAGCGUCUGGGUCCGGUUAAAACCAAAACCGGAGGGAGCACAUUUACCUCCAGCCACGAGAAGGAGCCAGAUGUUAAAUCCAGCAGACCACAGACAUCAGGAAGCAUCCCUCGGAGGCCCAAUUUAUGCUCCACUGCAGCCAAGGCAGUAGCUUCUUUAUCUGGGACUCCAUGCAGCCAGUCUGAGGUCAGGAUCCAGGCCAAUCCUCUCCAGAGGUCUAACAUCCAGGACCAAAGGCCCCACUCUCCUCCUGCUCAGGCCAGACGGUCUCUGUCCGACGGCAGCCUCUUGCAGCCGCCAUGUUCUCCUGUGGAUGUCCUCCAGCCGGAGGUCCAGGCCAGCAGAAGCCUGGCUCGACCCAAGACCGGGAUAGCUAGGAUAACAAGACAUACUGAUGGCAGCACUCUGAGGUUCCCUAACCAGACCUUAGAUCUUAUAAACUCCAUGGAUGGGAGGGAGAGCACCAAUUUCUUCCAUGUGCUGCCAACCAUUGCAGUGUCAGCCUCCCCUGCCCAGAUGGCCAUCCCAUUGCCUACCACAAUGGUCAGCAAUGUGCCUGACCUUCUGGUGCCUACUCCAUCUGCUUCUCCGGUUCCUUCCAGCCAAGUGCCUGCCCCACCUGCCUCCCCAGUGCCAGCCCGGCCUGCCAACUCCAGAUCACGGCGUGUGUCGAAGAGGAUCCAGCUCUUACAGAUCCGGUCUGCUAUGCUGGACCAGCAGCUACCGGAACAACUGGGUGACAAACAAAUCAUAUUACCCUCUGAGCCCCUGUCCUUCAGUAGCACUGAGAGGUUGUUCCUCUGUGGUCCAACUUUAGUCUGUGGAGAUGAUGGCUGUCACCCCCUGACCAGACCUACGCCCAGCCACACAGGUCGCACUGACCACUCCCCUUUACUGACCAAUAGGAGAGCCGUGCAGGCGGGUGAGAAGUGCCCCUUUGAUACCCUCUUGACCCCCUUGGUCCCACUGGCAGAACAGCCUCCUAUCAAGCGGGGGCACAUGCCCGCCUCCCGUGCCAAGGCCGAGCGGGAGAAUAGCCAACGAGGGCGCAGGAAGAGAGUGAAGCCCAUUCACUGGGACGUUAACUUUAAGUCUGGGCCUUUCUUCCCAGUGUGUGUCUCUCCAUCACUGCCCUCGAUCUUGGAGGUGGAUGCAGAGUCUCUUUCUGAAGAGAUGGAGCAAAGCCAGUUGUAAGGGGUCGCACACACACACACCUUCAUUUUAUUUUUUACCUUUAUUUAAAUUGUGAAGUUAGUUAAGAACCCAUUUUUAUUUACAAUGGCGACCUACCCCGGCCAAACCCUAACCCGGACGACACUGGGCCAAUUGUGAGCCGCCCUAUGGGACCAGUGCCUUAUACCGCUGCGCCAAUCGGGAGCCCUAUUGAGACCUCAUGGCCUCCCAUGGACCAGAGAGGAUCAACCAGCAUCAUCCCAGCGUCUGCCCUGCCUGCCAUCCUAGUACCUCCACUGCCCUUUCAACCCCAAACAACAAAGGGCAGGUGACAGAAAUGAUCCAGCGCCCACCGAUCCAGGCUGUUGUGCAUGAGCAGCAGCAGCUACUGUCGGAAGUACUGUUGGAACAGACUUUUCCUAUGAGACCCAACGGGAGUCACAAGCUGUCAAAGUACUUUCAUCCCUGGGGUGUGGAGCUUCUCGAACAGUGUUCUCUUCCUGAAGAUGGACUGCUUCAACCCCUUAGGAGUAUCCAGAGUAUCUAGUACACUGGUGUGAUGAUAGAAUAUGUCCCUCAGUAUCAACUAGAGAUUAAUAUUAAUUCACUUGUUAUUCUAGUUAGGCAAAUGUUAAUUUAUCAUCACCAUGUUCCAAAGAAUUCUGUUUCUAUAAAGUUUUAUUUCAGU